AUGGCGGCAUCAGUGAAGAGGAUUAAGUUGGGUUCGCAAGGUCUCGAGGUCUCGGCACAGGGGCUCGGGUGCAUGGGAAUGUCUGCCUUCUACGGCCCUGCCAAACCAGAACAAGACAUGAUCGCUCUAAUCCACCAUGCUAUCGACCGCGGCGUUACUUUCCUCGACACCUCAGAUAUCUACGGCCCUCACACCAACGAAGUCCUUCUCGGAAAGGUGGCUUUGAAGAAGGGAGGGGUUAGGGAGAAGGUUGAGCUGGCAACCAAGUUUGGGAUCAUUUACAAAGAAGACAAGAUGGUGCCUCGUGGCGAUCCGGCUUAUGUCAGGGCUGCCUGUGAGGCAAGCUUGAAGAGGCUCGAUGUUGACUGUAUCGAUCUUUACUAUCAACAUCGGAUUGACACCACUGUCCCGAUUGAAGUCACGGUUGGGGAGCUGAAGAAGCUAGUUGAAGAGGGUAAAAUCAAGUACAUUGGCUUGUCGGAGGCCUCCGCCGCAACGAUUAGAAGAGCACACGCAGUUCACCCUAUAACGGCGGUGCAGUUGGAGUGGUCCUUGUGGUCAAGGGAUGCAGAGGAAGAGAUUAUCCCCACUUGCAGAGAGCUUGGAAUAGGGAUAGUUGCUUACGCUCCCCUCGGCAGAGGAUUCUUCGCGGCAGGGCCUAAACUUCUGGACAAACUUACUGACGAAGACUACCGAAAGGGGCAACUUCCAAGGUUCCAGGGUGAGAACCUGGAUCACAACAAAGCCAUAUUCGAGAGGGUUACCGAGAUCGCGAGCAGGAAAGGAUGCACGCCGUCGCAGCUGGCGCUCGCUUGGGUGCAUCACCAGGGAGACGAUGUAUGCCCCAUUCCAGGAACCACCAAGGUGGAGAACUUUGAUCAGAACGUUGCAGCUUUGUCCGUUAGACUCAGUCGAGAGGAAAUGGCCGAACUGGAGUCCAUCGCUUCGACGAGUGGUGGUGUGAAGGGUGAGAGGUACAUGGAAGACAUGGCCACCUACAAGGGAUCCGACACUCCACCUUUGUCUUCGUGGAAGAGCGCUUGA